AUGUGGUGCAUCUCGACUGAGCUGUUUGUCCAAAAUACCUACCAAACGCACCAUCUCUUCUCCAUCCCUGAAGACACGGCCCUGAUCCAGGGCCCCCUCUGUGACCUGGUCUCGGGUCUUCUAACAGCUCUCGCUGACUCUGGACUUGCUCCUCCAACUCCUUCUCUACCCAGUUCUGGAGGAGUCCACUGUAAUCUCUUUUGUGUAAUUUCCAUAGUUAAAAGCCUUUCUUUGAUUCCACAUGGCUUAGGGAUUUUAAAGCCCACAGGUAUAUUUGCCUUUUCCUUGAUAAUCCUUGGGCUUUCCCACCAGUAG